UUUCGGGUCAUAUCUGUCCCAGGUAGAAAAAACCCGAAUCAUUAAUUCGUAAGCAGGUGAGAAGAGUUUAUGGUUUCUAGAUUACAGUAAACGCCUUCCUUUCUCUCUCUCUCACCGCAAAGACCUCUCCAGUGUCUUCCUCCUCCCAAAGAGCUUAGAUAAAGAUGGAUCAUAUGUACAAGAGCCAACUGCAGUCAUAUGCCAUGAAACAAAAUAUGGAGCUUCCCGUCUAUGCCGCUGAGCGACAAGGACCUGCUCAUGCUCCGCGAUUCCGCUGUAAGGUCACUGUUUUCGGACAGACUUUUCAGAGCCUAGAAUUCUGUCCUACACUAAAAGCGGCUGAACAUGCUGCUGCAAAAGUAGCAUUGGCUUCGUUGACUCCACUUAAUCCAGAGGGAGUUGUUGAUCUUGCUUACAAGAACCUGUUACAAGAAAUUGCGCAGAAAGAAAACUCUCUUUUACCAGUUUAUGCUACUUCUACAUCUGGUCCCUCUCAUUCACCUACGUUCACCUCAACGGUUGAGUUUGCGGGAAAUGUCUACAAAGGAGAAGAAGCAAAAACAAAAAAAUUGGCUGAAAUGAAUGCUGCCAAGAUUGCAUUCAUGUGUAUAAAAUAUGGACAACCAAACCAGACUCCAUCGCCUUCUUUGCCUUGUGAGAAACAAGAAGCUGCAAACUCAAAUGUGAAGAGCAGUGAACAAGUGAGCCCUUCCCUACCUUCCAAGAUGGUGACCCCUGAUGUCCCAUCAAAGUGGAUUGAAGUGUACGAAGAUGAACUCCCAGACGUUCUUAAUGCACCAGCCAAUAGUGUUAAGGACACAAACAUUACUGCGUCGCCUGUGGCUAAUCUUACAGUUGCACCAGCUACCAAUGCUAUGGAGAUGAACGCUGAUGCUGCUGACUUGUCUCAGAAACCAACAAACAAUGAUGAUAAUGAAUCAAGUGAGAAGAAGCUGGUAAUGGGAAGUGGGUACCGGAGUAUUCCAGGUGGCCAACAUGUAGUAUGUCGACCAUGGAACCCAGAUAUGACUCUUCCCGAAGAUUCGGAGAUGAUGUUUAGAGACGACAGAUUCAUUUCUUAUCGUGUCCUGAAGCACUAAAAACAGCUCGUGCCUCCCCUACUAGUCUACUAUUUUUCUGUGUGCUUCGAGUUGUUGCGAUGGAUGGAAUAAACUAAGGUCAGAGGCAGGUUUUUUCGGAUGUGUGUGUGUGACCCUAGUAACGGCGAAUGUUUUUUCAAGUAGUUGGUCAUCUUUGUGUCACAUUUGGUUAAAUAAAAUACUAUUUCUAUC